AUGACCACCUAUUUUUCAUAUCCUGACUUGGAUCUCCAGACAGAGCUGAAGAGGACCGCAGAGGCUAUACUGGCCCCGGGGAAAGGCAUCUUAGCGGUUGAUGAAACGAAUGAGGGCAUCGGCAAACUUCUGGCUGGAGUGGGCCUGGCGAACACUGAGGACAAUCGCCGGCGGUACAGACAACUGCUAUUUACUACCAAUAAUCUCUCAGAGCACGUGUCAGCUGUAAUACUCUUUGACGAGACGGUGUAUCAGAAGACUGAUGAAGGGACGCUUUUCAUGGAUGUGUUUAAGCAGCAGGGCAUCAUCCCCGGCAUCAAGUUAGACAGAGACGUCGUCCCACUAUUCCUGUCUGAGAAUGAAGUCACUACCCAGGGUCUCGACGAUCUUAACAAGCGUUGCGCCGUCUACAAGAAACAUGGGUGUCGCUUCGCAAAAUGGCGGUGCCCUCUCAAGAUAGGCGAGCACACUCCGUCAGUCCAGGCUAACAACGAUAUGGCUAACGUCCUAGCGCGCUACGCGGCUGUCUGCCAGAGUGAAGGACUUGUGCCGAUUGUGGAGCCUGACGUGCUUUUGGAUGGUGACCAUGAUAUCGUCAGAGCGCAAAAGGUCACCGAAGUGGCGCUCGCCGCUCUAUACAAGGCGCUGAACGAUCACCAUGUGUUUUUGGAAGGAACCCUUAUUAAACCGAAUAUGGUCACCCCGGGGCAAGGGUACAAAAAGAAGGCUACACCAGAAGAGAUCGCCGUAGCUUCUGUAACUGCGUUGUUGAGAGGAGUCCCCGCCGCCGUUCCGGGUAUCGUCUUCCUUUCCGGCGGCCAAUCCGAAGAAGAAGCCACCCUGAACCUGAACGCCAUCAACAGGGUCCAGCUGAAGAAACCCUGGACCCUGACCUUCAGCUACGGCCGUGCUCUGCAAGCUUCCGUCUGGAAGACCUGGGCCGGCAAGGAUGAGAAUGUGCCGAAGGCGAAGGCUGAGCUAUUGAAACGGACUAAGGCGAACGGAUUAGCAUCACAAGGCAAAUACCAGCAAGGUAGUUUAACCUCGUCUGCGGCGGAUAAAUCCAACUUUGGCAAGGAUUAUAAGUACUGAUCUGAAUAAAUU